AUGCCUAAAGUUUUGCAGCAACCCUCAACAUACAUUCACACAGGCCUGUCAGAUGACCUGACCUUGUCGUGUAGUAAACAUCCAAAGGAAAUGAUCAAGUUCUACUGUUAUGAUCAUACAGAAUUUCUCUGCAGUGUUUGUGUUACCCUUUUACACCAAGCUACUUCCUGUAAAGUCAAUUAUAUAUCAGACAUUUCUGUUGAUAUAAUAGACAGCAAAGAGUAUCAAGUUAUAUUAAAUGCAGUAAAGAACACUUGUGACCAAUUUCAACAGAAAGUAGAAGAUGUCAAGAAAAUGACAUAUAUAUCCAACAGCUCUCUCAAAGAUGCAUUGGCAGCAAUCAAAAAGUUUCGGCAAGAAAUCAACCAAAGACUAGAUGAAUUUGAGAGACAGGCUGGAGAUGCAGCUAAAGUCAUGGAACAAGAAAACAACAAACAUCUGAAAGCAGUAAAAACAACAUGUGAAGAUAUAACAAAAUCUCUGAAGGUAUCAUCAGACAAAAUCAAACAACUGAACACAUCUAAAGAAGCUCACAAACUCUUCAUGGAACUCAAACUUGCUGAGAAAACAAUGAAAGAUAUGGAGGAAAAAGAACUCAAACUUUUUUCAUAUGAUAUCAAAGAGCACAACUUUAAAGCAAAUGUGGCUAUAUUAAAAAAGCUUAAAGCUGAGAAUUUUUUGGGUACAUUGACACAGAGAACUUUAAAUAAAGAAGCUCUACCCAUACAAAUAAAGUCUAGACAAUCUUCACAUAAGGGAGGCAUACAUGUGAAGACAGCGCAAGAUGAAUUUAGAUGCUGGAUAACAGGAAUGACUCUGCUGACUCCUGAUCUUCUUAUCAUCACUGACUACAAUAACAAUGCUGUAAAGAUGGUGGAUACCAGCAGUCAAUCUGUGUUUGAUCAACUACAACUGGAUGAUAAACCAUGGGAUAUCACGACAGUAAUCAGUACUGAACUUGCUGUCACACUUCCUGACAAACGCGCAAUACAGUUUAUAUCUAUCUCAUCAAACAAACUCAUAAAGAAGCACACUAUGAAGGCUGAUGGAGAGUGUAAUGGUAUAAGCUAUUAUCAAGGUAAAUUUGUUGUGUCAUUUGUUUAUCCAACGAUACUUCAGAUCCUUGAUAUGAAUGGCACUAUACUGACAACAAUAGAUGGAAAAAAUAUUUUCAGACAUCCUCAUUAUGUCACAUGUAACAGAACUUCUAUUUAUGCAUCUGACAGGGGGAUGAAGACAGUAACAAGAUUAAAUUGGCAGGGUAAUGUGAUAGAUAGUUAUAGUGGUAUGCGUUACCCUAUGGGAAUGUCACUUUCAGAUGAUGGUACUGUCUUUGUGUGUGAUCCGGGGAGAAGAAAUGUUAUAAAAGAGUUAUCAGGAGAUUGUUCUACAGGAAAGAAGGUGUUGAAGCAUCUGAAAAGUCCAUAUGCUGUUUGCUGGUGUGAGGAAACAAAGAAGCUGUAUUUCAGUGCUGGACAAGCUGAUGAGAAAUAUGACAACUUUCUUCACAUCUAUAAACUAUCAUAA